UGUAAUAUUAGUAUUUCAUAAGACUUAGUAACCAGAUGACAUUUGAAUUCUUUGAAAUUUGCAUUUUUAACACACGUACGCAUGAAUGUGAUGACUUUUCAUUUUGAGAUGAGUUGAAUGAAGCCGGACAUGUGGUUUUAUGUGAGCGUGUAAUGUGUGCAGUGCACAUUGAAUCGACAAAAUAAGAAGAGGUUUAUUGCAAAGACAGCUCUUUAGCGACGAUAAAAAGAUAAAAUACACCAAAAAGAUUCUGUACAGGAAUUCAAAUUUAAUAAAAGUUUUUCAAAAAUGGGAAAGAAAAAAGUGAAACGAAAUAAAAUUUCGACCCAGUGGAUUGAAACAGAAGACGGAACAUUUUCUUUGCUGAUUGAGGCAAAGAAGCCUGCCAAACACGAGACAGAUUCCAAAGAGGAUAAAAUUAUUAAGUUCAAAAGUCUAGUGGAUAAGGAGAAUGGAGCGGAGAAUCAAAAUUCUCAGACUGAAAGUGCGCUGCAACAAAAUGGUGACAAUAACGGUCAUUCUAGUUGCGUUACUGAAAUAGACACGGCUGACACAAAUGAUCAACAGUCGAACGAAGAACAAUCAUCAUCAUCAUCGUCAUUUGAAAUGAUAGAAAAACUUUCAACGUUACAAAUCAAUGACGGUGAUGACGUCAUUGAAAUUGCCGCAGACGUUAAUAGUACUGAAGAUUUGGACAAGUCUGAUUACUACUCUGUUGAAGAAUCGGAUAAUCCAAAUUCAAAUGAUGGUAUGAAUUUUGUUCAAAUAACCGAUAAUAAAGAAGAAAUUACUGAAGUAGCAAAAGACAGCGACAAUCUUUCUGAAGACAAAGAGAAUGUUUCAGAAGACAGUGACGAUGGUUCUGAAGACAAAGAGAAUGGUUCAGAAGACAGCGACGAUGGUUCUGAAGACAAAGAGAAUGGUUCAGAAAAAAGCGAUGAAGAAUUUUUCAAUAAUCUUUUUACCGAUAAACAACCGCACAUAACAUACGAGUCAGCUGCAACCGACGCAUUUCCAUGUGUUGAUGAUUCAGAUAGCGAGAACAAUGAAGUAAACACUGCCAAAUCGGUGAAAUUUUUCAUCGACACAAACCAGUCGGUGGCUUUUGCAGAAUAUAACAAUGUACAGUAUAAAAUAGGAUUUUUAGAUUUGACAGCCGAACAGCAUGACUUAUUAAAACUAAUUAUCGAAACUUCAGUUGAGCUCUGUUUUGAGCCUAACAACAUUGUCUUGCAAAACAAUAAACUAUGCAUCAAACGAAUCGUGGAAGGUGAACGAACAUCGCCAAAAUUGGAACAGCCCAAUAGCAUGUGGUUCAAAAUUUUGAAUUUAAGUCGAAUUCAAUUCUCGAAAUUCGAACCAUUUUUGGCCAAGUAUGAUGGUGAAAUUUAUUUCGUUGGUCCAAAACUACAUGCAGAGUACAUCAGUUUAUUGAGACGUACAAAAAAAGAUCCGGGAAUUGCUAUUCGUCUUCGUGAAGCUCGUAUUUUUGUGGAUUCGACAAAACAGGUGUUGGACGUUAUUGAAAAAGUUUCGUUUGAUAAACAACAAAAUGUUCUCGUUAUUUCUGCCAAAAACGAUUCGGAGAUAACGUUGUCAAAUGGUAAUGAUUCAAGUGACGUACGACGGUAUGUGCUUAGCAAUUUUGACAAUCGCUUAAAAAUCUUGGAGGUCGAAUCCACAUUGAUGAACGCAUCAAUCGACGAUGAUUGUACGGAAAUCUAUGCCGAAAUCGAUUUUCCAUUCACAAAUGCCGAAACAAAUGUACAAAAGAAACCCGAAAAACAAACAGAAAAGAGGGCACAAAAAGUAGUCGAGUUAAAAGCACAAAAGUCACCAAGUAUACAUGGCAGUUUACAAAAUAUAACAGCCAACAAAUCACAAGCACUCUCUGACGAAGAUGAUACAUGGAGUCAACUAAACUGUCAAUAUAAUUAUCUCGAAGAACUGCCACUGGAAAUGAUGUCCUUAAAAUCGUAUCCGGUGCCCAAGCAGAUAAAGGACAUUGUUAGCAAAUCACUUUCAUCAGAAGAAUUGGCCAAAACUGAUUACGCUGAUAUGUUGAAAAGAAAGAAAACAUUGCGAACAUACCAAAGAGACUAUAUCAAUGGAUACAAAACGAUGAUUUAUUUCGAAGAAGAAGAGCAAACACGACACCUGGAAAAAUUUAAUCAGUCUGACAUUCAAAUUACUUACCACAUGGAUCGACAAUUUUGGUUUCCAAUCAGUCCAGCAUUUUCAGAAUUGAGCAAUGCAAUCGAAGAAAAUUUAAUUGAACGAUUCAUUUUGACGCCAAAGUAUACUGAUUUAAAGUUGAAGGGUGAAAUAUGGGGCCAGGUCCUUCGUGUAAAAGAACAAAAAAUCUAUAUUGAAAUAUUCAGGGAAUCAAUAAACAAGGUCCAUCAAUUGGGAUUCAAUAAGGGCACAUAUUACGAUAUCUUUUUCAAAUUAAAUCGCGUACCUUAUCAACUUCAGCACUUUGCAUUGGAAUUCAUUGAAAGUCAGGAAUUAUUUACUCGAUUGAUAAAUAAUUCUUAUUAUAAUUGCAAGAAUGCCAUGUCAAUUGUGCCGAAAGCACAUGGUACAAAGAUGCCAAAAAGACCCAAACUCAACUAUGAGAACACACUGCUGAGCAACUUGAACACUGAACAAGAAAAAGCCGUUCAGAACAUAGUUUGCUACCAAGAUAAACUGCCUUAUGUUCUAUUUGGUCCGCCUGGUACUGGAAAAACGCGUACAUUGGUUGGAGCCAUCGAACAAAUAGUGCGAAUAACGAAUGAAAAGAUUUUAGUUUGUGCAAUGUCAAAUGCUGCUUGUGAUGAGAUCGCUGAACGACUUAUUGAUAUUUUAAAGGAAGGCGAAAUGUAUCGAUUCUACGCAAAAUCGUAUAAAAAUGAAAAGGUUAACUAUCGAGUGCGACAAUAUUCGAAUUUCGGUCCAACUGGAAUUACCUACCCGUCGCUUGAAUUCCUUUAUAAAUUCCGUGUACUUGUGUGCACUUUAUGCAGUGCCGGUUGCUUAUCAAGAGCACGUGUAGACAAAGAGAUCUGGAAGCCGGAUCAUUUCGAUUAUGUUAUCAUAGAUGAAGCAGCUAGCGCGCUUGAACCUAUCGCUAUGGUUCCCAUUGCUGGUGUGUGCACUUCGCUGAAGCAAAUCCAUGCAAAAAUUGUGGUAGCUGGUGAUCCAAAACAGCUCGAUGCUGUCGUCAUGUCAGAGAAAGCCAAAUCUUUGGGCUAUUCAACUUCGUGGCUCGAACAUCUGUGCAACACAGAUCUCUAUUCCCCUCACACUGUAACUGGCCAAUACAACGAAACAUACAUAACGCAACUCGUGAAGAACUAUCGAUCGCAUCCACACAUUCUCAGAGUUUCGAAUGAGCUCUAUUACAACAAUAAGCUAGAGCCAUUUGCAGCAAACGAUAUCACGAGCUGGUACAUCAAUUCGAAAUUCUUACCAUCAAAGCAUUUUCCAAUCAAAUUUCUGUCGGUGCAAGGAAAAUGCCAAAAAUCCGUCGAAAAUAGUUGGUAUAACAGCGAAGAAAUCGACGAAAUUAUAAAGGAAAUAAAACAAUUGUUGCCACCGUAUUCGAAAAAGCAUGGACUUAGACAAAUAACUCAGGCUGACAUUGGAAUCGUUACACCAUAUCGCAAGCAAAGAAUUCUACUUUCUCAAAAACUUCGUCGACUAAAUUUUGGUGAUAUUAUGGUUGGGACAGCGGAAAUUUUCCAAGGAAAAGAGAAACCAGUUAUGAUAGUAUCGACAGUAAGAUCCAAUCGACAAUUAGGUUUUGUUGGUGAACCAAGGCGAUUAAAUGUGGUCAUAACACGUGCCAAAUGUCUAUUGAUCAUUAUUGGCGAUCCAUUUACAUUGAAUUUAAGCAAAGAUUGGCGACACCUCAUGAAGUAUUGCUACGAUAAUUCAGCUUUCGUUCAGAGCAAAACUCCAUUUUCAUUUAAGUAGGUCACAAAAGUUCCUUUUUGUACUUACCAUUCAUCAAAAUAACAUAAAUGCCAGUUAUAAAAAGGUUUUUUUUAAAUUAUAGAAAGUAAGAAAGUUGCUCAAACAAAAAAAAAACACAAACCAAUAUAUUAUAACUUUUAUUCCUUUAUUUAAAAAAGAUUCGUUUAUUUUUUCAUAUUUGAAGAGUGCCUUCGUUCCAACGAUGGAUAUACUUUUAAAACUUACCAUUUAGUAGCACAAAAUAUAACACCCACCUUUCAGUUAACAAUCUAAUUUACAAUUUGUCAUAAGAAAAGAAUUGAUGUGUUCAUGCCAUUCCAAAAUAUAUAUAGAAAAAGUUAAGUGAUUAAAAUCUAUUUUUUGUUAAAGGUACAAGAAAAGAGUCUAUUCAAUAUGAUAUGAAAAAAAGCUUAAUAAACGUAUACGCCUUAAACUACACACAUAAGACAAAAGUGAAACCGAUCAAGGGUGUGGGAGCACACGUCAAAAAGAAAACAAUGGCUAUGAUUAAAAAUAAUUUAAAUACGCAUUCAGUUUUUCUUUUACCAAUACGGAAAUGAAAAUUGAUUAUUUUAUUUAUUUCAGUUAGUGUUGCAAAUAGUUAUUAUUAAAGAUACGAAUAAAAGUGAGAUUAUUAUAUUAUAUUCUCUUGUAUUCUAUGGCUAUUUAAUAAAAUUAUCUGGUAUGAAUUACAAA